AGUCGCAGACCGAGCUGUUCCUUGGAGGAGGAAAGAAAUCGCUCCUGCCAGCUAGGUGUUGUUCCGAACGGCUAGUCGUCGUUACCUGCGGGGGCUGACUUCGUGGCAGGGAGGAGUAUCUUGUCUGGCCGGUUGCGAAGACGACGAGGCGUGAUUCUGGAGCGAGCAGAUGUCAUCGGCAGCCAGCGCACCUGAGCUCAGGUGAUGAGCACCUAGGAGGAAUUCUCGGCCGUGCUGGAGGAGCCAAACGGUACAAGGACGGACGCGAUGGUCGAGCGGAUCGAGAGCGGCCGACCGGUGCAGAUCCUGCGCACCAAGGAUGACCACAGCUUCGAGCUGGACGAGGAUGCUCUCGGCCGCAUCCUGCUGGCCGACCAUUUGAAAGACAAGCCCGUCGUGGUGGUUUCGGUGGCAGGCGCCUUCCGCAAGGGCAAAUCCUUUCUGCUGGACUUCUUCCUGCGCUACAUGCGCAAUCAGGGACAGACGGACUGGCUUGGCGACCCGACGGCCCCGCUCAAGGGCUUCACCUGGCGCGGCGGCUGCGAGCGUGACACCACGGGCAUCCUCGUAUGGGAUGAGGUGUUCCUGGUGACCACGUCGCAAGGCCAGCAGCUGGCCGUACUGUUCAUGGACACUCAGGGAGCGUUCGACUCGCAGUCUACGGUCAAGGACUGCGCAACAAUCUUCGCCCUGAGCACCAUGACCAGCUCAGUGCAGGUCUACAACCUCUCGCAGAACAUUCAGGAGGAUGACUUGCAACACCUGCAGCUGUUCACCGAAUAUGGCAGGUUGGCUCAGCAGGACAUGAGUGAAAAGCCCUUCCAGAAGCUUCUAUUUUUAGUGCGGGACUGGAGUUACCCGUACGAUGCAGAUUACGGUGCAGAAGGCGGCCGUGCCAUCUUGGAAAGGCGGUUGCAGAUCUCUGACAGGCAACAUCAGGAGUUGCAACAGCUACGGAGGCAUAUCCGGUCGUGUUUCUCAGAGAUUGGCUGCUUCCUUAUGCCACACCCCGGACUGAAGGUUGCAACUGCAGCCUCUUUUGAUGGUCGCCUUUCUGACAUCGAAGAGGACUUCAAGAAGCAUCUGCUGGAGCUUGUGCCCUCACUACUCGCAUCAGACAACCUGCUGGUCAAAGAGAUAAAUGGCCAAAAGAUCUCCUGCCAGGAGUUGAUGGCAUACUUUAAGGUGUAUGUGAACAUAUUCAAAGGGGAUGAGUUGCCCGAGCCCAAGUCGAUGCUUGAGGCAACUGCUGAGGCGAACAACUUGGCAGCUGUGGCCACAGCUAAGGACAAGUACACGAGUGGCAUGGAGCAGCUGUGUGGUGGAGACCAGCCCUACCUCAGCCCCCAGAUGCUGGAGAGCCAUCACCUACGGCUGCGCGAGUCCGCGAGGGAGCUGUUCUCCAGUACGCGCAAGAUGGGUGGCGAGGAGUUCUCCCAGCAGUACCUGGAACGACUCACUGAGGAGAUUGACCAGACCUUUCAGAGCUUUGCCAAGCACAACGAGGGCAAGAACAUCUUUGCGGCGGCACGCACGCCGGCCACCCUGUUUGCCGUUGUGCUGGCCUUCUACUUUACAUCUGGCGCAUUUGGCCUGCUCGGCCUGUACGCGUUCUCCAACUUCUGCAACUUGCUCAUGGGCCUCUCCCUCAUCAGCCUCUGCCUUUGGGGCUAUGUGCGAUACAGUGGCGACAUGCACGAGGUUGGCGCCCAAAUCGACGCCAUCGCAAAUAUAAUCUGGGCCAGCCUGCUCAAGCCACUGUACAAGACUGUGAUGCAGGACCGGGUGCUCCCACCGCACCUCACAGGGGGUGCGGGAGAGGGCACACGGGCCCCGCCCCCCAACGGCCGGCUCAAGGCCAACUGAGCCAAAGUCGUCGACUCCUUGCCAAGACUCAACCACCACCACCACCACCUAAGUGCCUUGUUGUGGGCUUCUCCGUUUCUCUUUCUUUGUACCGUUAUGGAGGAAUAAAAGGCCCUGUUGUGCA